AUGUGUAAAAAUCUAAUUGACCCGGCUACGAACGAGUCAGUGUUUACCUUCAUGUCGGAGUUCUACAGGCCGUGGCAAGGCCAGACUGUCAUAGAAGUGAUCAUAUUGUCACUGAUAUUUUUGGUAGGGGUUCCCGGAAAUGCAAUGUUAGUUGUAACUCCCGCACUGAUAUUUGUGGUAGGGGUCCCCGGAAAUGCAAUGGUCCUGGCAGCGGUUAUCAGAAACAAGAAGUUGAAAUCUAGCACAAACUUCUUAGUGUGUAACCUAGCGACCACUGACAUCCUGUUUGCUUCAGGAAUUCCAUUCAUUGCCGUAACCCGGGUAACGCAACACUGGAUAUUCGGCGAGUUUGUGUGCAAAUUUGUGACGUACGUGCAGUUUGUAUCCGGGGUAUGUUCGAUUGUAACCAUGGUAAUGAUCAGUGUCGAACGUUUUAUAUGCGUGUGUCUGAUGAAUAAAUACAAAAUACAAAACAGAGAUUUGGCCUUAAUCAUAGUGGCAAUCUGGUGUCUUUCUGCCAUUUUCCCAAUUCCUGUAGCUUUGUCACAAACAGUGAGAACGGUUCAUACCGCAAACGAGUAUUUCAUGUUUUGCGGCGUGCAGUGGUUGAAUGGCUUUCAUGCAGAGAUAUAUUUAGGAUUCAUGGUGUCAGUUUUCUUUGUUAUUCCUUUAAUAUUUAUCUCUGGAUUUUAUUUACGGAUAUGGCGUGUGGUGAAAAGCUCGGACGCACGGACACAAGGCGCCAGUAGAAGAUCUGAAAAUUCGAUUAGGAAACAAAUUCGAUUGGUUAAAAUGUUUUCAUCCAUAGUUAUAUUGUUUGUCUUAAUGUGGUUGCCAUUUUUCAUCGUGAGUUUUCUUGGUGUACAUUAUAAACAGAUCACGUCCACGCAUUUUACAGUCACGUUAAUUCUCGCGCUUGCCAACACGUGUCAGAACCCACUGUUAUACGGGUACUUUAACCAUCGGUUACGGGAGGAGUUCCGAAUAAUGUGCUGUAGUAGAUUCAAAGGACUAGGAACCAGUACUGCAUCUGCUUACGCAGUUCAGGGGACAGAACUCGGUAGUGCUGUCAAUAACUCUUCCACAAUUGGAUAAUUAAAAAUGUAGAAAUAAAAUAUCUGUUUAGGGGACAAAACUCGAUAGCACUGGCAAUAACUCUUAUAUAGUAAGAUACCAGGAAUGUCCAAAUGGAAACGUGGUGCCUCUGCAGUGAGAUAAUUGUCUGCUGUUCAGGGAACACAACUCUAUGGUGCUGGCAAUAACUCCGUCGAAGUACGAUGUCUGAAAAUUCCAUUGGAAAAUAAAUGCUAUCUUGGCUGAUUUGACAAUAAUUAUAAUUGAAAUAUACGUAAUC